AUGGACGGCAACUCUUCCACCCCCCGCAUCACCUGCGCCUAUCUCAGCCAGUAUGUCGGCAAGCUCGUGACGGUCGUAGGCAAGGUCGUCCAGUUGCGCGGCGAGGAGGCGACUAUCGACGCUGAUGGGACCAUUCAUGCUUUUCUUAACCGCGAAGCACACCUCUCAGCAAACAACGGCGUGCAAAUCAUCGGCAAGGUCAACCCGGAUCUGUCCAUCAAGGUGCUUAGCUCCGUUGAUUUGGGGCAGGGUGUUGACUACAACCUAGCAAACGCUGUAGUGGAAGUCACUCACCGUUACAAGCCUCUCUUUCUGUACGAGAACUAA